CACACCUUUCAUUGUAAAACCAAAACUCUCAUAGGAUCAAACCACUCACAUACAAUCAAAGUCAUCCAUGGCUUCUUCUGAUCUCUCCGGGAUCCUCCCUCGCGUCCUCAUCGUCUCACGGCGCACCGUUCGCAAGAACAAGUUUGUCGAUUUCGUCGGUGAAUACCACCUUGAUCUCAUAGUGGCCUACGGGGCCGUCCCCGUGAUAGUCCCCCGCGUGAGCGGGGUCCACAUGCUGCUCGAGAGCUUCGAGCCGAUCCAUGGCGUCCUCCUCUGCGAGGGCGAGGACAUCGACCCGUCGCUCUACGAGCCCGAGGACGCCGACACCAGGCUCUCCCCAGAGGAGCUCGAGGAGAUACGGAGGCUCCACACGAGUGACACCGCCAUCGACCGCGAGAAGGACUCGAUCGAGCUCGGCCUUGCGAAGCUUUGCCUCGAGCGCAACAUCCCUUACUUGGGGAUCUGCAGAGGCUCGCAGGUCUUGAAUGUUGCAUGUGGAGGCACACUUUAUCAAGACAUUGAGAGUGAGCUCAGCAGGAAUUUUGCCCAAGAGAAGAGAGUGGCUCACAUAAAUUAUGAUGAUUAUGAUGGGCACAGGCAUGUGGUCAGGGUUGUGGAGAGGACUCCAUUGCACGAGUGGUUUAAGGACUCACUGGAGGACCAGAGGAUGGAGAUAAUGGUGAACAGUUAUCAUCACCAAGGGGUCAAGAGACUGGCUCAGAGGUUUGUGCCCAUGGCCUUUGCACCUGAUGGCUUGAUCGAAGGGUUCUAUGACCCGGAUGCUUAUAAUCCUGAAGAGGGCAAGUUCAUCAUGGGCCUCCAGUUUCACCCUGAGCGGAUGCGGAAGCCCGACUCCGACGAGUUCGAUUACCCAGGUUGCCCGUCCGCUUAUCAGGAGUUUGUGAAGGCUGUGAUUGCGUACCAGAAAAAGCUGAUUAGCUCGACUUUGGUCCCGAGGCCAUUGAAACUCGAUCAAGAAAUGGAGAAGAAGAGGAGGAUAAUCGUUCGCAGCUUUUCACUGGCCAAGAAUCUGUACACGACUGGCCAAGGGCUGAACCCAUCCAAAGAAUCUGAACUGAAAGCGGGUGCAGAAUUUCUCGAGGUACAAAUAAUUUCGAACACAGCAUUGAGUUUGCAUCAAGAGAAGAGGUUGAAGCAGAUGGGUGCGACAGUGAGGAACGCCGGGUCGUACAUCGAGAGACUCAAGUUGAACGAAGAAAGAGAGAAGAUGGCAAGGAAUGCGAUCGGGAAGAUGUCUGUCGAGCAAUUAUCUGAUCUGAUAUCCUUCUACAAAAUGAUGGAGCAGAUAUGCUCAGAAGUACUGGAGAGGAAGCUUCAGGGCAUAGUGAAUGACUUAAACGCAUAGGGUCAUUUUAGGUUCUCUAUUCUGGUAAUGCUCGAGAUACUAAUACAUUUAAAAAAGACGGUAUACGAAAGCUUAUGUGGCAACGAGUCGGUUUGUUGUGGUCACGGGUCAUGUUAUCUCGAAAUGUAGAGAAGAAGACGGUGAAUACGGGACAAACAGCCACAUACGUUUUCGUAUAUCAAUUUCUGUAGAAUACAUGUAUCUCUAAGACUACUAUUUGUCUGCUGAUGUCGAUAGCUGUUAUGAGGGUGGACUAUGGACAUAAAGAGGGCUCACGGGAAACUUGGCUGUGGCUCUUUUCAUUGUCACAUCUCUGUGUGUAUUAUUGCCUUUGUGCUUAUUCCUUUCGUAACAGCAAUUGUCAAUUGACACUUUCCAUUUGUUUUA